UGGGGGAGGGGAACGGACCGAAGAGCGCGCUUCGUGCACGCGCGAUACUGCUCACGUGGUACAAUUCCUCCAAUAGGAUAGCGCUAUAAUGUGGGGUGAAUUACAAGGCUGAUAAAAGCGAGAAGGCGAAAAAGAAACUACAUCCCCUCACCUAUAUAACGUCAGAAGCGAAAGAGCGGGAGAGACUGAAACAAUCAUGUCCGAAGAAAAGGCGAAGGAAACUGUAAAGACUGAGAAUGACCACAUCAACCUGAAAGUUGCAGGCCAGGAUGGAUCAGUUGUCCAAUUCAAAAUAAAGAGACAUACUCCUCUCAGUAAAUUAAUGAAAGCAUAUUGUGACAGACAGGGUUUGUCAAUGCGACAGAUAAGGUUCAGGUUUGAUGGGCAGCCUAUUAAUGAAUCUGACACACCUGCACAGCUCGAGAUGGAAGAUGAAGAUACUAUUGAUGUGUUUCAACAACAGACAGGCGGCUGGUGCUAAUUAUCUUCAGGAGGCCUGGCUCCCAUUCUUGCUCCUUGCAUACCCCUGCCCUUUGGAGUUGCUAUUAAAUAGUAACAAAAGGAACAAUGAUCACAACACUUCUGAAAAUAACUGACUUUUCUAAGUAACAUCCUUCCUGACAAUCCCCAUACCAGUUGCAAGUGCUGCAGGUUCUGUUGUAAAAAGGCCCAUGAAAUAGUUUUCUUUAAUUUGUGCCUGCCCCCCCCCCUUUCCCUAUAUGUAAAUAGAGGAGCAAAUCCCCAAGUAACGUCUGGGCCAGACUGCCUGUAAUAUGGUCAUUAUACCAUAGAACAAAUUUGAGUAUUGCCCAUAAAGGCACUUUGUGAUUCAUGAAUCAAAGGAGAGGGGAAGGUUGUAUAUUUUAUUCACCAUUAUGCUGUAAAAGUCUGGGGUGCUUAAAUGUGAUCAUAAUAGGUAACUUAGUUUUUUGUUUUAACAAAAAAGCAGUGGAUACUGCCUUAAAGUGAUGGUCAAUGUUUUAAAAAGUCAUUUGGGUGCUACAUGCUGGCCUUGCAUAUGGGAUUACAUCUAUCCAGGCAUCCAUGCAGUUUUAUAGCCAGCAUAUGCUUCCAUCACAUGUUGUGGUAUUCAUACCAGCCCUGUGACCGCUCUGCUUAACCCAGUCUUAUUGGUCACAAGUUUGGGUUGAUAACAAUUGAAGAAGAAAAAACAAAGCUAGAACUUAAGUUGCGCAGUGACUUUGCCCUUGGUAACUGUGGUACCGUGUAUGUUAACGAGGGGCAGACCUGCCUCCAAUACCAGACAUUUUAUGGGUAUGGUGUUUAACAGGUGACUUUUUUUUUUAUAUUAUCCAGACAGGACGGUUUUAAAAUAUCCUAUAAAGAGGUAAAUGCAUUGUAUUUAAACAGAUUUCUGAAGUACACAUCACUGCUAACUAGAGUGGCUAUUUUUAUUUUUUGACAAAUUUGCAGAGCAUUAGCUGGUUUUAUUCCAACACUUCAUAACUUUUUCAUUUAUGCCUAUAUUCCUGUCCUAUUACUUAUGCCAGCUCAGUACUUAAAUUAAGACCUUGCUUUAAAGUAGGAAUAUUAUUUGUAACUCAUUAGUCCUUAAUGUAGUCUUGGUUUUCUUAUACUUUACUGGAUAAUUAUUUCCACAACAAAAUAAAGAAAAAUCCGAACCCAA